AUGGUAGCAUGUUUCAUUUCUGAAGAUUCCCAGAGAGCAACAGGUGGUACAAGACUAGCCCAGAGGCAACAGCCAAAGCCAGAAAACUUCGCUUUAGUCUACAUUGAAGUGGCCACAUAUGGACAAGUCAAGGCUGACUAUAUCAGCCUGCAGCAUGUGGUUCUGAUUGAGUGCAGCCUGCCUGUGUCAGUGGACCUUUUACCCACUCUGGCUUUCAUCUUGCACAGAGGGAGCCAUGUAGAUGGUGGCAAGAACAAUGACAUAUUUGACAUCAAUCACGCUUUAGGACUGAAUCUGUUUGAGGGAGACAUCGACCUUGGGAGAGACAGAAGUUCCCUUAUUGGUGAUAAUACUAAAUGGCCUCACAGAAUCCCUUAUAUCCUUGCAAAUAAUCUGGAAAUGAAUGCUAAAGGAAUUAUCUUGAGAGCGUUUGAGCGGUAUCGUUUAAAAACCUGCAUUGACUUUAAAGAGUUGAAAGAGGAAGACAAUUAUAUUUAUUUUUACAAAGGACGUGGGUGCAACUCCAGAUUGGGAAAUAGACAUUCAGGCAAACAAACCAUCUCCAUAGGAAAACUCUGUGACAAGAUAGGGAUAGUUCAACAUGAGCUCUUCCAUGCCCUGGGAUUCGUGCAUGAGCAUUCUCGUACAGAUCGAGAUGACUAUAUCACAGUAAUGAUGGACAGAAUUUUUCCAGGCAAAGAGUCAAAUUUCUUCUGUUUUGGUGAAAACGUAAUAGAAUCCCUGAAUGUUCCCUAUGACUACACAUCUGUGAUGCAUUACCCCAAAACUGCCUUCCAAAGGGGAACAGAACCAACAAUUAUAACAAAAAACCCUAACUUCAUGGAUGUGAUUGGACAACGCUUUGAUUUCAGUGAUUAUGACAUUGAAAGAUUAAAUCGACGCUACAACUGCUCUUCUUCCAUAACCUUUUUGGAUUCAUGUGAUUUUGAACUGGAAAAUAUCUGUGGAAUGAUUCAAAGCUCGGAAGAUGAUGGUGACUGGCAGAGAGUUUCACAGGUGCCUGGUGGGCCUGACACUGAUCAGUCAAGCCUGGACAAGUGCAUAGGUGUCUGUUUCUUUAUGCACUUCAACAGCAGCUCUGUGAAUGAAGGGGGAAAAGCAAUCCUGGAAAGCCGCGUAUUUUACCCCAAGAGAGAGUUUCAGUGCUUGCAGUUUUAUUACUACAACAGCGGCAGCACUGAUGACAAGCUCAAGAUUUACGUCAAGGAGUAUUCCACAGCCCAUCAUAGAGUCUCUCUUACUCUCGUGGAUGAAGUGAAAGAUGUACCCAUUGGGAGCUGGCAACUCUACUAUGUAUCCUUGGCAGCUUCCAACAAAUUCAGGGUGGUAUUUGAAGGAACUCGAGGUGUUGGCACAUCAGGUGGUGGUAUCUCCAUCGAUGACAUCAACCUUUCAGAAACUUGGUGUCCUCAUCACAUCUGGAGGAUAAGCAAUUUCACGCAAGUCCUUAGCUCCAGGGGAGGCACCUACAGCCCUCCAUUUUAUUCUAAUGCAGGCUAUGCCUUUCAGGUUUAUUUAGAUGUAAAUGAUCAGACUAACAUAGGGAUAUAUUUCUCCCUGAUCUCUGGAGCCAAUGAUGAACAAUUAGUGUGGCCAUGCAUAUGGCAACAAGCCACAAUGACGCUAUUGGAUCAAAAUCCUGACAUUCGUCGGCAAAUGUCCAAUGAGAGGAGUGUCACUACAGAUCCAUUCAAGACAAUUGAUAGUGAUAAUGAAGUCUUUUUUUGGGACAAGCCUUCUAAAGUAGGAAGGAUGGCAACUUUCCCCAAUGGAACAUCAUAUAGCAGAGGUCGGGGAUAUGGGACUGGUACCUUUAUAACACACAAAUGGCUGCACAGCAGAGAUUUUAUCAAAGGAGAUACCAUUUACAUCCUUUUGACAAUGGAAGGUAUGUCAAUAUGA